GUACAGAUAGGAAUACAUUGAUGGUGUUGAGCUGGUCCUGGUAUAUUAAAAUAGCCUUUAAGUUCGAUGGAUAUACGGGUCAAUCAUUAACCUACUACAAUCGCCCUGUGGGUACAUUUGAUUUUUUCAACUUACAGCAAGCAAAAGUUGUCACGUGAUUUUGGCAAUCCAAGUUUUAAGGUUAAAAUUUUGUCUAUAUUUCAUAAUUAACAUACCAUUGGCAAAUUUUUUUAGGCAAUAGUGUACAUAAUCUGUGGUGAAGUCACAUUUCUAUAAACUAUUUUGCAUAUCGACAUUCUCAGAAAAAUGGGGCUUCCUGUUAUAUACAAUUUGUGGUGAUUGCUGAAAGAAGAAUGCACAAUUUAAAAUUAUUUGAUAAGGUUUGGCGCAAUUUUUCUUGAGUGGGGAUUCGAUUUGAACUAUUUGAAGUAAUAUUUCCGGUUUAUUGAAAAUUGAAAAUAUCGAUAUCGUCUACAUAUUUUUUUGUAAGGGGCGUAACAUAUGCCAUGAAUAUAAAUAGGGAUAUAUUAUUUACAUCCGCAAUAUCAUUCAAUUUAUUUCAAUAACGAAGAUAAAAAUAAGAAUAACCCUCUUUUUGUUGCAAUGAUCAUUUGUGGAUUUCAAUUCCUAAGGGAACUGUGAACUGAAGAACAUCAAACGAGGAAUGAAAUUAGUCUGAGAAUUGACGUGAUCCGGCUCUAUAUUCUCGAACCAAAAAGUUUGAAAAAUGAAAAAUCGUCUCACAGAUCUUGUGCUUCUCAGUGUGGUGCUAACAUGCAUUUUCGAAAUUUCAAUGUCUGAUGAAGCACUGCCUCCACCUUGUUCCAGUGAAAUUUAUUGCCAUGGCCGCUUGCUGCACACGAUUCAGAGCGCAAAAAUUUACGAAGACUCCAAAACAUUUGUAGAUAUGAAAAUGAAAGUGUCUCCCAAGGAAACGCUUCACUUAUUCGAAGAAUUCAUGGCUGAGUUCGAAGAUAAACCGACCAGAAACGAUGUUAUAGAUUUCGUGAAUGAGAAUUUUGAAAAAGCUGGACAAGAAUUUGGUGACUGGAUGCCAAGUGACUGGGUUCCCCAUCCUAAAUUUAUUGAUGUAAUUGGAGACCCCGUAUUGAAAGAAUGGGUGGUUGACUUGAACAGCAUCUGGAAAAAGCUAGGAAGGAAAAUGAAGGAUGAAGUCAAAGAAAACGAAGAUCUGUACAGUAUAAUUUGGGUCCCAAAUCCUGUGAUAGUUCCCGGAGGCCGGUUCAGGGAAUUUUAUUACUGGGAUUCUUAUUGGAUUAUUCAAGGGCUUCUUCUUUCGGAAAUGCACGAUACUGCGAGGGGAAUGUUAGGGAAUCUUUUGUACAUGGUGGACAAUUACGGCCUCAUUCCAAACGGUGGUAGGCUAUAUUACUUGGCAAGGUCACAACCCCCUUUAUUACUGCCCAUGAUUAAACUGUACCUGGAAUUCACGAACGAUAUCAAUUUUAUAAAGGACAACAUUCAUAUCAUGGAGAAAGAAUUCGACUUCUGGAUAAGAAAUCACACGAAAUCUAUACUCGUUGAUGGAGUCAAUUAUACCCUAGCCCUAUAUGGAGAUAGUAGCACUGGGCCUAGACCAGAAUCCUACAGUGAAGACGUCGAAAGCGCCUCUGUGUUCAAAGACGACGCAAAGAAGGAAGCAUUCUAUUCCGAAUUAAAGGCAGCCGCUGAAUCGGGAUGGGAUUUUUCUAGUAGAUGGUUCGUCACAGACGCUACAAAUAAAGGUAACCUGACAAAUAUCAAAACUAGAUCAAUUGUUCCUGUAGACCUUAAUGCUUUAAUGUAUUGGAAUGCUGCCAUACUUGCCGAAUUUCACGAAUUACUAAAUAACAAAAAAAAGGCUGCGAACUACAGCAACAUAGCUUCAGAAUGGAUGAAGGCCGUGGAGGCUGUACUGUGGCACGAAGAAAUAGGAUCAUGGCUAGACUACGACAUAGUCAACGAAGUGAGAAGGGAUUACUUUCACCCUUCCAAUAUAGCGCCACUUUGGACCGGGUGCUACGAUAUUACAAACAAAAAAAAUAUCGUAAGGAGUGUGUUGCAUUAUCUUGAAAAUAAAAAUUUUUUGUAUCCCGGUGGUAUUCCUUCUACCGUGGAACAUACUGGGGAGCAAUGGGAUUUUCCCAACGCCUGGCCACCCUUGCAACACAUCGUAAUCGUGGGACUUAACAACACGGGAGAAGAUCACGCUGUCAGACUGGCUUAUGAAAUUGCAGAGAAAUGGAUACGAUCCAAUUACAAAGCAUAUAACGAGACCAAAGUCAUGUAUGAAAAGUAUGAUGCUAGUAUUCCGGGAGGUCAUGGUGGAGGCGGUGAAUACGAAGUUCAAGAAGGCUUCGGUUGGACAAAUGGAAUUAUAAUGGACCUGCUGUAUAGGUAUUCAGAUAAGUUGACAGUUGUUGAUCCCCGACCUGCUAUUUUGGCACCUCAUGUUGUUGGGAGUCCUGCUAAUUCCUCUUCCAGUAUUAACUCGAUAACAACAGCGCUGAUAGCGUUAUUGGUAUCAUUAUCGGCGGGAUUCAUAGGGUGAGGAUACUUUUUCACCAGUGAAACUUAGCAUGUGGGUGAUAUUAACUAGUGAUAGGUACAUAGACUUGGCAAAGUACUGUUGAAGGAUAAGAAAAAUUUUCAAUUCACAGCUCAUAAAGAAAAUUUAAUGUUGGGAACUAUUCUGAGCGGUUUAAAAAAAAAUAGAAAACAGCGAAUGGAAACACUACAAAGGAUAUAUGUACUAAAUGUAGUCUAAAGCGUUAACACGCCUGGUAACAAUAUUGAUUUGUGAAGAAGUAUAUCUCUCAAGAUUCAAUUUUUUAAGGCCUCGCUUCACUGCUCUGCUGACUAUUACGGCAUAUUUAAGUUGAUUACUCAAUUUCAUUGAAUUUGAUAAUUCUGAACUUUCAGAACUUUAGAAAUUCUGAAACAUUGUGUUUUAAAACGCUAAAUCAUUCAAUUACUUGGAAAGUAUGCCGUGGGAGUUUGAGGACUGAUACAAAUUUAUACAUGGUGGUCAAACGAAACAGUCGUAUGAAAGCUUCUUUUCGAGUUUUUUGGCCGUGGUCUAUAGAUUUCAUGCCUGACGUUUCGUCUACUACUUUUUCAUGGUAAAUUUCGAACAACGGGCCUUAGAGCAAGCGACUGCAAAACCGUAUUGUUGGCUGUGCUAUGUUAUCAAGGGCAGAUCCAGGAGGAGGUCAUGAUCCUCCCCCUCGUGAGUCCAAAACCUAGGUGGAUUACUAAUUAAAAUUUUUGAACAUAAUAUUUUUAUAUAUUUUUUUAUCACAAUAUAGAUUUUAUUCAAGUACUUAAAAUAUUUAAUUAAUUCAAUAUAAUACUUUGACGGCAAACGAAUUAUUCGGGUUUGAACGCGUCGAAAAUUUGAAUUUUCCCGCGUCACCACCACGGCCGCCACCUUUCAUAUGUCAAGUCACAUUUCGUAAGGCACUUGUGCGCGCUUUGUUUCGACUUACGUCCAGCUAAACCUAACCUCAAUCGGAACAACUAAACUUCACUAAUAAAGUACCUACUAAGUUGAAAAAACUUUAAAAUUCUAAUAUAUGUAAUAGAAGACGUAAAAGAAAAAUUUAUGAAUUGAUUUUGUUAUUGAAAUAUAGGUAGGUGUUUUUGAGUACAGUACUUAUAUUUAUUGAUGAAGUACCUACUUUUGACUUGUAUCUAUUAUUAUCGAAUUUAAAUUAUAUCUUCUUGUGACUUGUCCACGAUUAUGUGACCCCCUGGUGUUAUCGAGGUGUUAAAAUA